UGAGCUCUUGCUACCUUCAGCUCCCAAAUUUUCCAACACCCAUCAACCAACAGUCUUGCACGCCAGCAACGCUUCACUCCACGGUAUCCCCUUGCCGAGAGCGUGCAUCUCAUGUCUCGGGAUCCACGGUCUCCAUUCAGAUACGGAUCGAUUUGAUGAUUGUUCCGGCCCUCUCAUGGACUCUUCCGACAGAGGCUUUCCGUCAUCAGCAGAGAGCCUCCUAAGUAGACGGAAGAAGGAGAUCGUCGAGAGAUCUUUGAGUAUGGUUAAACGGCAGCUGGAUGAAUGGGUUUCCGGCAACGUCUCGGAGUCAGGCGAGGGGCCGAAGAAGCGCGCGCGAUACGGCCGGGCAAGGACAGAGAACGCUCUCAGUCCCGAGCCCGGCAAGACACAGGCCAAACAAGAUGCAGACGGCCCUCGAUUCGCGUGCCCCUUCUACAAGCACAACCCGAAGAAGUACAAGGCCGUCAAGACCUGCUGCGGCCCUGGCUGGACCGACGUCCAUCGCGUCAAAGAACAUGUGUACCGACGGCACACGCCCAAGGGCUUCUGCCUCCGCUGCCUGACCCCGUUCGAAAAGGACGAAGACCUGAAGAUUCAUCAGCGCCAAGCUGUCGCUUGCGAGGUUGUGGAGCCCAGCACCACAACCCUGGAAGCCAUUGAUGAGGAUCAGGAGAGGAAACUCCGUGCCAGGGCCAAGGCAAACCAGACGAACGAGGAAAAGUGGAAGGAGACGUUCAAGAUCAUUUUCCCUGGCGAGAAAGUCCCGUCCCCAUACUACGAUUCUGCCGGAGGAGCCAAUGACCAACCUCGAGGGAGUCGGUUCCAGAGUGUCGACGAGCUGAAAGCCUGGCUUCACAGCGAAGUGACUCGACGCAUCAAGCCCGUGCUAGAGCUAGAAGUCGAGAAGCAUCUACAGGUUGUCCAGAAGGCAAUGGACAAGAAGGCCGUCGCCAUUGUCCAAGACGUUAAGGACCAGGUCCUGCGAAUGUAUCACUGGACUAAACAAUGUGCCUCGCCCAGCUUCGAGGACGAGUCUGAAGAGAGCCGCCCGCCAAGCCCUAGUCCGUCGGGGCUAAUCGACUUUGACCAGAUCUUCGAAGAGCUCGGGAACGAAUCGCUCGUCCCUGGACUGUUCGAUAACGCAGGAAGCCUUGACUUGAAUGCGUGCAUGCCGCAGGGCUUCCCUGGCGAGUCUUUCACUGACUCUGGCUACAACUCCCAUCCGUGGACGGUAGACGGCAGUGCCGGAUAUGAAGUCCAGCCUUACCACACGUAGAACCACGCGAGCUCGUCCUCGUUUUUAUUCUGUGUCUAUGAUCAUGUCGGUAUCUUGACUUUACGCCCAUUCAACCCGGAGUCCAGCCGCUGUCCUCUACACCUGUUCUUAU